AUGACAGAAGCAGACGCUCAGAGACGGGUCAGAGCCGCAGCUCCUUGCCGGACGGAUCCAGAGAGCUGCAGAGGUGCUAAAAGCCCCAAAGUGACCUCGACCUGCCCACCGCCACCACUACAGCCAGACCCGCGAAAUGGACGGUACCAGGACUUGACUUCCAUCCAUGCGCUCGACACUGCUCGAUCAGAGGACUUUUACGCACUGUCGUCGCCCGCCGCGUCUCCGGGGUUGACCGUGAACGGUUCCGGUAACGGCAAAGCCAAACGCAAGCGGGUGAUCAGCACCGUGCAGCGCCGGGCCGCGAACAUCCGCGAGCGCAAACGGAUGUUCAGCCUGAACGAGGCGUUCGAGCGUCUGCGCGGGAAAGUUCCCACGUUCGCCUACGAGAAGAGACUGUCGCGCAUCGAGACUCUGCGCCUGGCCAUCAUCUACAUCGCCUUCAUGACGGACAUGCUCGAGAACAACUGAACUUAUAUUCAAUAUUUCAAUUGCAUUGUUUAGAUCAACGUUUA